AUGAAGCGCGCCUGCAGCCCAGAGAGCAGUCCAGAACAUGAGCUGCAAGCAUUGCUACAGAAUCCACAACAGCCAAUUCUCCCAAGCUUAGUUGCUCCUGUUUCACCGCCACCAUCCCGAGCACUCGUCCAAAGGUCCAAAAAUGGGGAAGAAGAAGACGCAAUCCUGUCGACCGCAUCAAAACCAGAUGCUUCAUCAAGCCUUGCUGCCAUCGAAGCAGGACAAGUGGAAGGGAUUGACCACCUGAGCGUGAUAUCCACAAGGCUCAGAGAAUGCGUUCGCGUACUUCCGGAUCAGCCAACAGUACGGCUGCCCAUCGGAGAAUGGAUCGAUCUAUAUCAACGCAAUGAGCAUCCGGAGGGUCGCCAUUUCGUCAUUCAUCAACACGAUCAUCCCAUUGCAGGCCCUCACUAUGAUUUGCGACUGCAGUUCUCAGAGACCAGCUCUGUUAGUUGGUCGAUUAUGUAUGGUUUACCUGGGGAUCCGAAUAGCCAGCGAUUAAAUCGGAAUGCGACUGAGACUCGGAUUCAUUGUUUAUGGAACCAUCUCAUUGAAACUGCUUCCACCAAAACAGGGAGUCUGAUCAUCUGGGAUACAGGUGAAUAUGAAAUUCUACCUUACCAGAUGGACCCAUCUGGCCCUGAGACCGAUGAUUCUCGAUCCGAGAGCUCUCAAGAUAGUCGUGUUUCGCCGGAGGAGCAGAUAUCAGAUAGUGCGAAGUUGCGAGAAGCCUUUCAAAAGCGGAAAAUUCGUCUAAGACUCCACGGAACCCGGCUGCCAAAGAACUACACUAUCGUAUUGCGAAUGGAUAAAACAACGGAUUUCGCGAGACCGAUUCGCGAAGGUCCCAAACGACGUCGUCGCCAUCCAUCCCGACCGACGGUGCCACGAGCGCCAUCUACCUCGGACUCGGGAUCCCCUUCGCCGCCACCUGACGAGCGAGGAUCGGAGGCGGAUCAACGAGCCCCAUCUGAGCCUCACUCUGACUCAAGCAAGCCUGUAGACGAAGUUUAUGCCGCCGAGAUUGAGAUCCAGAGAAACAAUGCCUACCCAGGGUCCAGCAACACAAUAGGUUCAAUCCAUCAGCGGCGCUGGUAUCUCAGUCUAGACCGGGAGUCCUCGGGAUUUGAGCCGACAAUCGCAAUCGGCAAUAACACAUUGGCUAGAAGCAGAAAAAAGACGUGGGCUCGGAAUGCCGUCGGCGGCGGAUUUGACGCGUUCUACGUGCACGGACCGGAGGCUGAGCGGAGCGUGGUCACGGCACGCUUGGGGCGCGAUGUCUUGGAUGAUGAGGGUGUGGAGGAGUUUGUGCCUAGACGCGGGUGGAGGCCGGUCCUGCAUUAG